GAAGACAAGUAAAUGAACAAGAAUGUCCCAGGAGGCCAUGAUUGUUCUUUCUUUCUUUCUCUCUCUCUUCAGAUCAUGGGGUUCGAUGAUUCAGACAGGGUUUCGAGACAUGUUAAGAUAAGGGAGGUUUCGUCGGAUAAUCUAGAAGCGGAGUUCGAGUUGAUCAGCCGAGUGAUCGAUGAGUACCCUUUCAUUUCCAUAGACACUGAAUUUCCGGGUAUUGUUUUCAGGCCGAUAAUGGAUCCCACCCGGUCUUACAACGCCCAGUUUCGUCCUUCCGAUCAUUACAGGCUCCUCAAAUCCAACGUUGAUGCUUUGAACUUGAUCCAGGUGAGCCUCACCCUCACCGAUUCUUCCGGUAAUCUACCCCACCUGGGCACCCACGACGAGCAGUUCAUCUGGGAAUUCAAUUUUCGAGACUUCGACGUGGAGCGCGACUCUCACGCGCCUGAUUACAUCGCCCUCCUGAGGAAGCAAGGGAUUGAUUUCGAGAAGAACAGGGAGGAGGGGAUCGACUCGGUCCGGUUUGCCGAGUUGAUGAUGUCGUCCGGACUGGUUUGCAAUGAGUCGGUGAGUUGGGUGACUUUUCACAGCGCGUACGAUUUCUGGUACUUGGUUAAGAUCCUGACACGCCGCGACCUUCCCGGCGGCUUGGACGAGUUCCUGAAGGUAGUGAGGGUGUUUUUUGGGAGCAAAGUUUAUGACGUGAAGCACAUGAUGAGAUUUUGCCGGAGCUUGUACGGAGGGUUGGAUAGGGUGGCCAGGACCUUGGAUGUGAACCGAGCGGUCGGGAAAUGUCACCAGGCCGGGUCAGACUCCUUGAUGACGUGGCAUGCGUUCCAAAAAAUUAGGGAAGUGUAUUUCGUGAAGGAUGGACCGGAAAUGCACGCGGGUGUACUGUAUGGAUUGGAAGUUAAUUAA